AUGACCACAUCGGAACGUGUUCUCAGAAGUCGAACGAGAAGCGCAGCGUUUAGAUCGUCCGAUCAUGUUUUGCAUCAUACAGUAUCAGGUGGUGUUAACAGUUACCGUUCAUCUUCUGCACUCCGCAAAGUUCAGGGACCGAAACGCAGUGAAAGAUCUGUUUCUAGCCGAAGGCGAAACCCAAAUACUGUCCACCGUGACGUACAGAUGCGCCACAAUGAUGAGAUCGCUGCACCAAACGCGACUGCUUUUGUUGAUUUUUCUGAUGACGAGGUACAUUCAACACAAAUCUUUGAUGACGAACAACAAUUACGCUAUAAACGUACUCAUGUUUUGGCUCAUUUUGUCGAAGAAAUCAAUGGAUUCCGUUGCAAAUUAUGCAAUGAAGUAAGUUUUCCUCUUUUAUAGAGUUCAAAUGAUGUGUACCGAGAAAAGAAGAAGUAAUUUGUUCGUAGGUUUGCAAAUCCGGGUUUAAGAGUGAUGCCAAUUUGCGCUACCAUCUCGGUAGCAUUCAUCAAAUGACCGAAUUCUUCUUUCCAUCCUAAGUCAAGGGAAGAAAAACGAUGGACGAUGGUGACCACAGCAUUUCAUCUGAGCGACGACGUCAGUUACACAUGGCUAUAAUCAAUUGUAUCAUUCGUGAUGGACGCCCAUUCAAAGAUUUCAACAAGCAAGGCAUGCGCGACUUUCUUGCCGUUGCGGUUCCAACUUACAAACCCCCACAUCGUACUACUGUGAGCUAGAGAGUCUCUAGCUCUUUUGUAUCAAAAGUUAUUAUUGAAUUAAUAACACAUGUCCGCCUGCUCUAGCCAAAAUUGCCCACUGUGGUGUAAAAGUAUUAAAAGUUUAUAUACAAACCCACUUAUGAAAGAGUUCAUAAUGCGCUUUUUUGCACAGUACGCCAGAUAAGAGAUGAGGCACGUUUUUAGAAAAAAAAUCAUAACUUUUGUGUGCCAAAAUCACAAAUCUCAUUUUAAUUUUCGAAGUUAGAUGAAUUUUCAUACUUCUUCCACUUCUGUAUAGCAUCACUUGCUCUAUGAAUACCGUAGAAUCCAACACAAAAUAUAGCGUCAAAUAAAGCUGAAUAUUUGUAGCUGAGCUCUAUACAGAGCAGAUCAAACCUGAUCUGAUCGUCUAGUCUUUGCAUUACACAUACGUAUAUGUGUUCAAAAGUAGUUUUCUGUUCAGAAUAAGACUGUUAGACUUAAAUCAGUCACUUCCAAUAGAUGGUGCCUCUGCUAUGACUUUAGUAAGCACAUAUGUGUCACAACAAUUUUACUGCAUGUUCUCUCAUAUUCUUCUAAUUAUUACGAACGACUCAUUGCAUCUCAAAUUUUAACAUAUCGCUAUCGGGUGAACAAAUUAAAAGAUCCAGCUAGAUUUUCAGAAUCUGUAUUUCUUGGUAAUAGAAGAUGUAAACAGAUAAAGUAAAAAGAAGAGUACAAAUUGUCUUUCAAGUGGUUGGGAGAGGCAAAACUUUAUUCAGCAAAUAGUGACCGUUGAUCAGUCUUAAAGACUGAUCAAAGAAAAGAUAAGGAGGAAAUUCCUCCUUAUCUUUUCUGUCCGAUUCGACACUACAAAAUCUAAGCAAAACAGAUAAAAAAGAAAGACCUUGUGGGCAAAAGUAGACAAGAUACAGAGAAGACGAGAGAAAAGAUAUAUAUUUACUUUAAUACCUUGUAGUGUACUGUGUCAUUCUUUCUACUUUCGUUUUCAAAGAAACAGUGAAUUUGUUUAUAGUAAAGUAUCUGGCUAUCAUUUAAAUUGAAAUUACGUCAUGUAAGUAUAUACUGUUUACUGUUUUUGGUGAGAAAGUCGAUUGCACCUUGUUUGCAGUUAACAGCCGUAAAAUGCCCUCCACAUAGAGAAAAGGCAGAAAUUUUGUUUGGUUUUGUAAACAGAGGCGGAUUAAACUAGGCUA